GAGUGUGGUUUUGUGAGAGACAGUGUGUGAGAAGACAGUGAGUGAUAGCGAGACUUGUGUGUGAGUCAGACUGCGUGAGACUGUGUGUAAGUCUCUAAAACAGUGUGUGUGUGAGACAGUGUUGUGACAGAGAUUGUGUGUCACAGAGAAUGUAUUUGACAUUAUAUGCGAGACUGUGAGAGACAGAGAAUGUGUGACAGAAUGUGUGUGACAGUGUGCGUGUGACUGUGUGACAGUGUGUGUGACAGAGAGAUUGUUACAGAGUUUGUGUCACAGAGAAUGUGUGACAGAGAUUGUGUGUGGGUAGAAGACAGUGUCUGUGUUUAACAAAGGGAGUGUUUGGUCAAAGAGCGUGUAUGUAACAGUGUGUGGAUAUACCAGUGUAUGUAUGAUAGAGAGUAUGCGUUCGUGACAGAGUGAGGAUGAGUAACAGAGAGCGUUGUAAUGUGUUUGUAUGUGACAGAGAGAAUGUGUGGAGAGUGCACGUGUGUGACCGUGUGUGUGUGUGACAGUGUGUGUGUAUGUGUGCCUCGCCAUCUCACAGCCCGGUGUAUGUUUGGUGCAGCGAGCAAGGACAGAAUUCCCGAGUGCCCCGGGCAGGGUUAAUAUGGAACGGGCCAGAGUCGCCAAGGGCUGGAUCCCAGCAAGUCCUAUUCUUUGAUUUCGAGUACAAGAAAAAAAGCUACAAGAAUGACCAUGCGCUGCGAUGCGAACGUGUUCUUUCGGGAGACAAAAGCUGCACUUUGCAUCCUGCUGACUGUCCUUGUAAUCCCCUCGCAGAGUUCUCAACAAGUCCUCCGAAUCGGAGGUAUUUUUGAAACUACUGAAAAUGAGCCGGUCAGCAUUGAAGAGAUGGCCUUCAAAUUUGCAAUCACUAGUAUAAACAGAAAUAAAACAUUAAUGCCUAAUACCACCCUGACAUAUGAUGUACAAAGAAUCAAUCUUUAUGACAGCUUUGAAGCUUCCAGGAGAGCUUGUGAUCAGCUCACACUUGGAGUAGCAGCCGUAUUUGGACCAUCUCACAGUUCUUCUAUAAGUGCAGUACAGUCUAUCUCUAACGCAAUGGAAGUUCCACACAUUCAGACACGUUGGAAACAUCGCAUUGUGGAUCAGAAGGAAUCAUUCUACGUUAAUCUUUAUCCAGAAUAUACAUCUAUUAGUCGAGCUAUCUUGGACUUGGUGCAAUACUACAAGUGGAAGACAAUCACUGUAGUUUAUGAAGAUAGUACAGGUCUCAUACGUUUACAAGAGUUAAUGAAAGCCCCCUCCAGGUAUAAUAUUAAAGUUAAAAUUCGUCAGUUGCCAUCAGGCAAUAGAGAUGCUAAACCUCUUCUGAAGCAGAUGAAAAGGGGGAAAGAGUUCUUUGUGAUAUUUGACUGUACAUACACUACUGCUGCCCAAAUAUUGAAACAGAUCCUCUCAAUGGGAAUGAUGACUGAAUAUUAUCAUUAUUUUUUCACUACACUGGAUCUGUUUGCACUGAACCUGGAACCUUAUCGGUACAGUGGUGUCAACAUGACUGGGUUUCGCCUUCUAAAUAUUGAUAACCCACGAGUUGCAUCCAUUAUUGACAAAUGGGCCAUGGAACAGCUUCAAGCACCAUGGAAAUCAGAUUCAGGAAUCCUGGAUGGGAUGAUAACAACAGAUGCAGCCCUGAUGUAUGAUGCAGUGUAUGUCAUAUCUCUAGCUUUUCGGAAGGCAUUUCAAAUGACGGUCAGCUCUUUACAGUGUCAUAGGCACAAGCCUUGGCGCUUUGGAUCCAGGUUCAUGAAUCUCAUCAAAGAGACACAGUGGGAUGGCCUGACAGGGCGUAUCACCUUCAAUAAAACUGAUGGUCUACGGAAAGAUUUCAAUUUAGACAUUAUAAGUCUGAAGGAGGAAGGCCUGGAACAGAUUGGAAUCUGGAAUUCAAACACAGGACUGAACAUGACAGACAGCCUGAAAAACAAGUCUGCCAAUAUCACUGACUCUUUGGCUAAUCGGACUCUUUUAGUCACCACUAUUUUAGAAGAUCCUUAUGUAAUGCACAAGAAGUCUGACAAGCCUCUGUAUGGGAAUGACCGUUUUGAAGGUUAUUGCCUUGAUUUGUUGAAAGAAUUAUCAAACAUUCUGGGUUUCACUUAUGAAGUUAGACUCGUAGCUGAUGGAAAAUAUGGGGCACAGAAUGAGAAGAGUGAAUGGAAUGGAAUGGUUGGAGAACUCAUUGACCAUAAAGCAGAUUUAGCAGUUGCCCCUCUCACUAUUACCUACGUCCGGGAGAAGGUUAUUGACUUCUCAAAACCCUUCAUGACUCUGGGAAUUAGCAUCCUCUAUCGGAAGCCCAAUGGCACAAACCCAGGUGUUUUCUCUUUCUUGAAUCCGUUGUCCCCAGAUAUUUGGAUGUACGUGCUGCUGGCCUGCCUUGGGGUCAGUUGUGUCCUUUUUGUUAUUGCCAGGUUUACACCCUACGAGUGGUACAAUCCCCACCCUUGCAAUCCUGACUCAGAUGUGGUGGAAAACAAUUUUACUUUGCUUAAUAGUUUCUGGUUUGGAGUUGGAGCUCUCAUGCAACAAGGCUCGGAACUGAUGCCCAAAGCUCUCUCCACUAGAAUAGUGGGUGGAAUAUGGUGGUUUUUCACAUUAAUUAUAAUAUCAUCAUACACUGCCAACUUGGCUGCCUUUCUGACUGUGGAAAGAAUGGAUUCUCCCAUUGACUCAGCAGAUGAUUUGGCAAAGCAAACCAAAAUAGAAUAUGGUGCUGUCAGAGAUGGAUCCACAAUGACUUUCUUUAAGAAAUCAAAGAUUUCAACAUAUGAGAAAAUGUGGGCAUUCAUGAACAGUCGGAAGCAGACAGCUUUACUGAAGAACAAUGAGGAAGGGAUUCAACGUGUUCUCACCACUGAUUAUGCUCUUCUAAUGGAGUCAACCAGUAUUGAAUAUGUUACUCAGCGGAACUGCAACCUGACCCAGAUUGGUGGCCUCAUUGACUCAAAGGGCUAUGGCGUUGGAACACCAAUAGGGUCUCCAUACAGAGAUAAAGUCACAAUAGCCAUCCUGCAGCUUCAAGAGGAAGGAAAGUUGCACAUGAUGAAAGAGAAAUGGUGGCGAGGGAAUGGCUGCCCAGAAGAGGAUAACAAAGAAGCAAGUGCCCUUGGUGUUGAAAACAUAGGAGGGAUAUUUAUUGUGCUUGCUGCAGGGCUUGUUCUCUCAGUCUUUGUAGCAAUUGGUGAAUUUGUAUAUAAAUCCAGAAGAAACAACGAUGUGGAACAGUGUUUUACAAUCAGCACAGUGAUCGAGGAGCUUCGUGUUUCACUUAGGUGUCACAAAAAAUUGAACAAAAAUUCCAGAACCAGAAGAAAAUAUGGGUUGUCAAGCAUCCUCAUGUGUCAUCAAAGGCGAAUUAUACGUAAAGAGACAAUAACAUGAAAUUGGCAACUGUACUCUCGGCAGAUGACAUUAUUUGAUGUUAUCUGCACUUAUACUGUUUACCUCAUGGAUUAUUGGACAGAAAACAAUGUUGUGAUUGAGAAACUCUUUAUACUGAUUUUUUUUUUGAAGUUAUCGAAUGAAGAAAAUGUGAAAGAUGUCGUGAUCAAAUAUUUUUUCUUGUGCAAAAGUUGCAGUUGAUAUUAUUAUAUGAAGAGGCACUGCAACUGAGAACUUAGUUCCUUGCUAGUACCUCAGUGCUAGAAGCCGUUGUAAUACAUAUUUUUCUUGGUCCUUUAAUGUUUAAUGAAAUUAGUUUAUUGAAGUAUAAAUAGUUAAACAUAAUCAAGAUUACAUUCUUCUCUCAGUUAUACAAUUUCCUGCUGAACUCACUUCAUGUGUUCAAUUUUCACAAAAUCUUUGUACUAUUGAUCGUUGCUGUCCAUUAUGUUGUUUAAAAAGUGCAACCUCCAAUAUUUUCACUCUAAGUGAUGUGGAUGUUCACUGCCUUGUCCCUCCACUCACAGAUGGCUCUGAUGCAAAACUUUAUUUUGUAAUAACUAGGUUCAUUGGACUUUAUUUGUUGGAACUUGGAAACAAUGUACAAGCAAACUGUACAUCUGUUCAGCUACUGUACUUCUUUAAUGUUUAAGUUAAGAUUGCAGAGGGAGUAGAAAUGAUCAAUUUUGAGUUUUGUUGUUUCAGCAAUUUAAAAUCUUCAAUUAUUCUGUUUUUACUUGUUUCCUGAAUAAAAAAAGAUGACUAUUCAUGAAUCUAGUUGUACUUUCUCAAUAUGUUCAGACAUUUUAAUAAA